UGCUGUGUAGUGUAAGCAAAUUGUGUGUUAUGCGAAAAUUUCUAUUUCCCUGCGCUAAAUUUUUAUGAAAAUUUAUUUAAUAUGUCGCUGAUAACUUGAGGAUAUGAAAAACGGAGGAAUUUGAAUCGAUUAAAUCUGUAAGAACGGACACUGUUUGCAAUGGUAAAACUCUGAAAACGCUCCUAAAACCAGCAAAAUGAAUGAAAUGGGUUCGUCCAGCCUUCUGCAUUUAGGGGACAUCGUGUCCUUAUAUGCAGAAGGUACAGUUAGUGGGUUCCUCAGCACUUUAGGGCUAGUUGAUGAUCGUUCAGUUGUAUGUCCUGAAGCUGGAGAUUUAUCUAAUCCACCAAAAAAAUUCAGAGACUGUCUGUUCAAAAUAUGUCCCAUGAACAGAUAUUCAGCUCAGAAGCAGUUCUGGAAGGCUGCAAAACAAAGCAUGAGCUCAAAUACCGACACCAACCUUUUAAAGAGGUUACAUCACGCGGCUGAAAUUGAAAAAAAGCAAAACGAUACAGAAAAUAAAAAGCUGCUUGGUACCAACGUCCAAUACGGUAGUGUAGUUCAACUCCUUCAUUUAAAAUCCAACAAAUACUUAACGGUUAACAAGCGAUUACCAGCUCUUCUUGAAAAGAACGCAAUGCGGGUGUACUUAGACGGUAACGGCAAUGAAGGUUCUUGGUUUUACAUUUUACCGUUUUACAAACUUCGUGCUACCGGUGAUAACAUUGUCCUCGGAGACAAAGUUAUCCUAAAUCCUGUAAACGCCGGUCAGCAAGUCCUCCACGUCGCUGCCAAUCACGAACUUCUCGACAAUCCCGGCUGUAAAGAAGUAAACGUUGUUAACGGAAGUACUUCAUGGAAAGUAACCCUUUUCAUGGAGCAUCGGGAAAAUUCCGAUGAAAUCCUAAAAGGUGGCGAUGUUGUUCGACUAUUUCAUGCAGAACAGGAGAAGUUUUUAACGAUGGACGAGUACAAAAAGACGCAUCAUGUUUUUUUGAGGACCACAGGACGAACAAGUGCCACGGCAGCAACAAGCAGUAAGGCAUUGUGGGAAGUCGAAGUGGUACAACAUGAUCCUUGUCGAGGCGGAGCAGGGCAUUGGGAUUCGUUAUUUCGCUUUAAACAUCUCGCGACUGGGCAAUACUUAGCCGCAGAUGUUGAUAAUGAUCAGACCACUGAUCAAAUGAGAAGCAAACUUAGAGCCGAUUCGGCUGAUCAAACUGUUUAUCAUUUAGUUCCUGUUGCUUACCCCAACGAAAUUGCAUCUUUGUUUGAGCUAGAUCCAACUAGUUUAACUAGGGGUGAUUCACUUGUACCUCAAUCUAGUUACGUUAGACUCCAUCACUUAUUUACAAAUAGUUGGGUACAUUCUACAUCCAUUCCUAUUGAUAAAGAUGAGGAAAAACCCGUCAUGUCGAAAGUUGGAUGCGCUGUCAUGAAAGAAGACAAGGAAGCCUUCGCUUUAAUUUCUGUUUCGCCGGUUGAAGUACGAGAUUUAGAUUUUGCAAACGAUGCUUGCAAGUUGCUUUCUUCUUUAUCGGUUAAACUGGAAAAGGGGACCAUUUCACAUAACGAAAGGCGAUCGCUCACAACGCUUUUACAAGAUAUAGUUUAUUUUGUAGCCGAACUAGAAAACGAACAGAAUAAAACCGAAGCUCUAGAAUUAGUUGUUACCAAUCCAAAUAGAGAUAGACAAAAAUUACUGCGGGAGCAAGCAAUUCUUAAACAACUUUUCAAGAUUCUACAGGGCCCGUUUUUAGACAACAACGGAGACGGACCUUUCUUAAAAAUCGAAGAACUAAACGACCCAAGACACGCAUCUUAUAAGUAUAUUUUUAGAUUAUGCUACAGAAUUCUGCGACUAAGCCAGCAAGAUUACAGGAAAAAUCAAGAGUACAUUGCGAAGCAUUUUGGUUUUAUGCAAAAACAAAUCGGUUAUGACAUUUUAGCCGAGGAUACGAUUACCGCGCUUUUGCACAAUAACCGGAAACUAUUGGAAAAGCAUAUAACUCCGGCCGAAAUCGAAACGUUUGUCGGUUUGGUUCGAAAAAAUAUGAGUAAUUGGGAGUCACGUUUUCUCGACUACCUCUCUGAUUUGUGUAUAUCGAAUAAAAAAGCCAUUCCGGUUACUCAAGAGUUGAUUUGUAAAAGCGUGUUAAGUCAGAAGAAUUCUGAUAUUUUGAUAGAAACACGUAUGAUGAAGACGCAGGUUGAGGUGCAGGAGGUUAGCGAGGAGCAUCCUUUAGAAAGCGAUGAUUCGGAAUUAGAGCAAAUGGUUACGGUGGUGGAAGAGUGCCAAAUUAUUUUACUGUGGAAUAAUCGACAAAAGUCAAUGUCUUUGUCUGAGUUGUGUAAAAAUGCGAAAUUGGGGAGUAGGGAUGAUCAAGCGAUUUUGGAUUAUUAUAGACAUCAGUUAGAUUUGUUUUCCAAUAUGUGUUUAAAUAGGCAAUAUUUAGCUCUCAAUAACCUUUCACCACACUUAGAUAUAGAAUUAAUACUCAAAUGUAUGGCUGAUGAAACUGUAAAUUUUGAUCUACGGGCGUCUUUCUGUCGUCUUAUGUUACAUUUGCACGUCGAUAGAGACCCACAAGAACCGGUCACUCCAGUCAAAUAUGCUCGCUUAUGGUCUGAAAUACCGUCGAAAAUGUCCAUACAUGACUACGAUAGCAAUAAAACUCCCGAUCCUAAUAAAGAAGCUGUCCGUGCUCGAUUUUGCUCAACUAUAGCUUUCGUCGAAGACUAUCUUUGUAACGUGGUUGCCAAAAUGUGGUCAUUUGCAGACCAAGAACAGAAUAAAUUAACUUUCGAGGUUGUGAAACUAGCUAGAGAAUUAAUCUAUUUUGGCUUUUAUAGUUUCUCUGAUUUGCUUAGAUUAACUAAAACUUUACUAAGUAUUUUGGAUUGUGUUUCUGAAAAUGAUUUUACUGAUGGUCGAUUACCAAUUGGAGACAUUGACUCUGGAGAUUCCCUUCUGGAUGAGAGAGCCGAAGGCGGCGUUUUGAGGUCAAUAGGGGACAUGGGAGCUGUGAUGACUUCGUUAGCAUUAGGACCUGUAGGCCGAUCUGUAGUUACAACAAACGCCGGUCAACAUGGAAAAGGCUCACAGUAUAUGAAAGAAUAUCCACUCGUCAUGGAUACUAAAUUAAAAAUAAUAGAAAUUCUACAAUUUAUUCUUGAUGUGCGUCUUGAUUAUCGGAUAAGUUGUCUUCUUAGUAUUUUUAAACAAGAAUUUGACGAAUCUGAAAAAAAUAACUCUGGAGAUUCCUUAAAUUUGGGUCAGAAAAAUAUCGAUUUGGAAUUGAUUGGAAGUCAAGCUGAGGGUAUCUUUGGUAGCAGUGAAGAAUGUGCCGUUUUAGACCUUGAUGGUCACGGCGGGCGAACUUUUUUGCGAGUUUUAUUGCACUUAACAAUGCACGAUUAUCCUCCUUUAGUUUCUGGUGCAUUGCAUUUACUUUUUAGACAUUUCAGUCAAAGACAAGAGGUUUUACAAGCCUUCAGACAAGUACAAUUAUUAGUUUCUGAUAGCGAUGUAGAAUCCUAUAAGCAAAUAAAGGCUGAUUUAGAUGUUUUAAGACAAUCAGUUGAAAAGUCUGAAUUGUGGGUAUACAAAUCGAAAUGUAUAGAUGAACACAGCACGACAAGCAGCAAGAAAAACAAGGAAGAAGAGGAAGAGGUUACAACAACAAAGACUCCAUCACUUAGUGUUUUGGAAAAAAAGGGAUCAGCAAUUAAUUUAGAUGUUGGACCUCCUUUACAUCCGGAGCAAGCAGAUGAAUAUAAAAAAAUCCAACAAAUUUUAAUUCGUAUGAAUAAAUUAUGUACACAAGGGUCACCAAGUGGCAUGGUUAAGCCACGAAAACAUGAACAGAGAUUAUUAAGAAAUGUUGGUGUACAUACAGUCGUUCUGGACUUACUGCAAAUACCAUACGAUGAAAAGGAGGACAUAAGAAUGAACGAAUUGAUGAGACUUGCGCAUGAGUUUCUACAAAACUUUUGUUUAGGCAAUCAGCAGAACCAAGUUUUACUUUUUAAACAUUUAGAUUUGUUUUUAAACCCUGGGAUUAGGGAAGCUCAAACCGUUUGUGCAAUAUUUCAAGACAAUUCCACUUUAUGUAACGAAGUUAACGAGAAAGUUAUUCAACAUUUUGUUCAUUGUAUUGAAAGUCAUGGACGUCACGUGCAAUAUUUGAAGUUUCUUCAAACAAUUGUCAAAGCCGAAAAUCAGUUUAUUCGGAAAAGUCAGGAUAUGGUUAUGCAAGAGUUAAUCAAUGCCGGGGAGGAUGUUUUAGUUUUUUACAAUGAUAAAGCAUCAUUUAAUCAUUUUAUUGAAAUGAUGCGGUCUGAAAGACACUGUAUGGACGAGGGUAGUCCAUUGAAAUACCAUGUUGAAUUGGUGAAACUUCUCGCAUGUUGCACCAUGGGUAAAAAUGUUUAUACCGAAAUUAAGUGUCAUAGUUUACUGCCAUUGGAUGAUAUUGUUGCAAUGGUAACACAUCCAGAUUGCAUCCCAGAAGUCAAGGAAGCUUAUGUGGGAUUUUUGAAUCACUGUUACAUUGAUACUGAAGUUGAAAUGAAAGAGAUAUACACGUCGAAUCAUAUGUGGACGUUGUUUGAGAAGUCGUUUCUUGUUGAUAUGGCCGAUAUUGCGACGGCUCCUACAGAUCGAAAACAUCCAGAUAAAGCUUUGGAAAAUUAUGUGACCAACUGCGUCAUGAACAUCAUCUCAACAUUCUUUAGUAGCCCAUUUUCAGACCAGAGUACAACAGUCCAGAAACAUCUGCAUGAAGCAAGGGUUUUCUGGAGCGAUUCUACAAUGGAUGAUUAUGAUCCGUUCUCUGUUAACGUUCCGCUCAAACAUUCGCCAUUUUCUUCUAAUACAAGGCAACCUAUUUUUGUGCAAUUAUUGCAAUCAGCAUUCAGAGUAUCUCAAUGUCCGUGGCUAUCAGCCUCUCAACGUUUCAAUGUUGAAAAUUGUAUCCGAACUUUGUCUGAAGUGGCCAAAAACCGAGGAAUUGCAAUACCGCUUGACCUCGAAAGUCAAGUUGCCGCGAUGUUUAAUAAAGCAACAAUUUUAACAAGACAAACCAGCAAAUGGUUGCAAGCUUCAAAAACUCCAAAAAUGGAGAGAUCUCAAUCUCAGUUGAUGCGCUUGGAUCGGAGCAUAAUUGAGGGUUUACAAGACAUUGUUUCACUACUUGAAGAUCAAUUGAAACCGUUGGUUCAAUCAGAAUUAAGUCUCCUAGUUGAUGUACUGUAUCGACCUGAACUCCUUUUUCCUUCGGGGACCGAAUCUCGUAAAAAAUGUGAAAGCGGAGGAUUUAUCAGGCGCCUUAUUAAGCAUACUGAAACGUUAUUAGAAGAAAAAGAAGAGAAAUUAUGCGUGAAAGUAUUGAAAACGUUACGCGAAAUGAUGGCAAUCGAUACGGAAUAUGGAGAGAAGAACGAUAAAAGUGAAAAAACUGAAAAUGAUAUGGGGGAUGUGUUACGAAAUAGCUUAUUGGCGAGAUAUUUCGGAAAAGCUUUUGUUCAAAAACAUGACACAGUCGAAUUAGGAAAUUUCCAAAUAUCCUCAGUCAUGCACGGACCUGGGGCAAAAGUGUUGCGCCGAGCCGGUCGGACUUUACACGAAGUUCAAACGCAUUUAGACCGGGAAGGAGCCUCAGAUUUGGUCGUAGAGUUAGUAAUAAAAUCUGUAAAUUCUCCUUCAAUUUUUGGUGAGGCUGUAGAAUUAGGGAUUGCGCUCCUAGAAGGCGGAAAUCCCAUCAUUCAGAAAAGUAUGUUCAAUAAAUUGCUUGGGGGUGACUUAAGCCAAGCUUUCUUCAGGGUGUUUUACGAUAAGAUGAAAGGAUCUCAACAAGAAAUCAAGUCAACUGUGAGUGUUAAUACGUCAGAUAUAGCAGCAAAAGCGCAUGAGGAUAAACAAGACGGGAAAGAUUUAGAUAAAGUGUCGAAAAAACAAGGCGGAAAGUCGAACGGAAUUUUGAUAAGUGACGAAUUAAGAGAAGAGUUGAGCCGUGCGGCUGAAAGCACCUCUCAAGCUUAUGCACAAAUUCGCAAUAUGGCCGUCGGUGAAGACGGAACGGUCACUUCGGGCACAGCUUCCGCUUUUGAAGAUUUGUUGGCGGAAAAAUUAGAAAAGCAUCGCGAUCGUGACGAUCAGAAUUGUCUAUCAAAUAAAGUACUUAUCAUGCAACCGAUUUUACGUUUCUUGCAAUUGCUAUGUGAAAAUCACAACCCAGCGUUACAAAAUCUGUUACGCAAUCAAAACAAUAAAACUAAUUAUAAUCUAGUUUCUGAAACACUGAUGUUUCUUGAUUGUAUAUGUGGAUCAACGACUGGUGGUUUAGGCUUACUCGGGCUGUACAUAAACGAAAACAACGUCUCUCUAAUUAAUCAGACUUUGGAAACUCUCACUGAAUACUGCCAAGGCCCUUGUCACGAGAAUCAGAACUGUAUAGCGACACACGAAUCGAACGGUCUCGAUAUUAUUACAGCACUUAUUCUGAAUGACAUUAACCCAUUGGGGAAAUCUCGAAUGGACUUGGUCCUCGAAUUAAAAAACAAUGCGUCUAAGCUACUCCUAGCCAUAAUGGAGAGUCGUGGCGAUAGCGAAAACGCUGAAAGAAUUCUCUACAAUAUGAACCCGAAACAAUUAGUCGACGUUGCUUGUCGUGCUUUUCACCAGGAGACUGCCGAAGACGAUGAAGAAGUCGACGAUGGGAGUGUCGAAGACGCCGUUUCGCCGAAGGAAGUCGGUCAUAAUAUUUACAUCCUUUGCCACCAACUCGCGCAACAUAACAAGGAACUAGCCGCGUUACUUAAACCAGCUGACUUUGGAAGCGAUCCUAAAAUCCAUAAAGCGCUAAUUUAUUAUGCUACACAUACCGCACAAAUUGAAAUUGUGAGACACGACCGCACAUUGGAACAAAUCGUUUUUCCCAUACCCGAAAUUUGCGAAUAUAUCACAACUGAUACAAAAAUUAAAGUAUUUAACACAGCUGAAAGAGAUGAUCAGGGGUCCAAAGUUGUUGACUUUUUUGAACGCACCGAGUCGAUGUUUAACGAAAUGAAGUGGCAGAAGAAAUUAAGAGCACAACCGGUACUUUUUUGGGUUAGUAGUUAUAUGUCUUUAUGGAGCAACAUUUUAUUUAAUUGCGCUGUACUUAUUAAUUUAAUUGUGGCUUUCUUUUAUCCUUUUGAAGACACCUUACCUAAAAUUAGUUCAAGUAUCUCGGUUUUAAUUUGGGUGGCAAUGUUAGCUUCUACUGCAAUUGUUGUUACUUUGCCUAGGGAAACAGGCAUACGGACGUUAGUAGCCUCCACUAUUCUGAGACUGAUAUUCUCUCUAGGCCCAGAACCAACUUUAUGGCUUUUGGGCACCGUUACAAUUUUACUCAAAGGAAUCCAUCUAGUCAGUAUAAUGGGCAAUCAUGGUACACUUACCAAAACUUAUCAACAAAUACUCACAGAUGCUGAACUCGUUUACCAUUUGGCAUAUCUCGUUUUUUGUAUGUUGGGUCUUUUAAUGCAUCCAUUCUUUUAUUCAGUUUUGUUAUUUGAUGUUGUUUAUCGAGAAGAGACACUUUUAAAUGUCAUUAGGUCAGUCACAAGAAACGGACGUUCUAUUAUUUUAACAGCAGUACUAGCUCUAAUUCUUGUAUAUAUGUUCUCAAUUAUCGGUUAUAUGUUCUUUAAGGAUGAUUUUAUCGUAAGCGUUAAAAAGAAAACCGAUGAAACGAUAUGUGAAACUGUUUCCGAUACUACCGGCAAUAAGUAUACUCACGAGAAUGCCCAGUACUGUAAAAUUGUGGAUCCUGGUGAAGAAAAGAAAGAAAGGGCUUGCGAUUCACUAAUCAUGUGCAUUGUCACAACACUUAAUCAAGGAUUGCGAAACGGAGGCGGAAUUGGGGAUAUUUUACGAGCUCCAAGUAGUGAAGAAGCUCUGUUUGUGGCAAGGGUUGUUUACGACUUGCUGUUCUUUUUCGUGGUGAUUAUUAUCGUACUUAAUUUAAUUUUCGGUGUUAUAAUCGAUACAUUUGCCGACUUGAGAUCAGAAAAGCAACAAAAGGAAUUGAUCCUAAAAAACACAUGUUUUAUUUGCGGAUUAAAUCGUUCGGCAUUUGACAAUAAAACCGUCAGUUUCGAAGAACAUAUUAAAUGCGAACACAACAUGUGGCACUAUUUGUACUUUAUCGUGUUGACAAAAGUGAAAGAUCCAACUGAGUUCACUGGCCCGGAAAGUUACGUUUACGCGAUGGUUAAAGCAUCAAAUUUGGAUUGGUUUCCGCGAUUACGUGCUAUGUCUUUGGCUGCAGUAGAAGGAGAAGGUGAACAGAUAGAAUUGCGAAGUUUGCAAGCCCAGCUUGAGAAUACCCAAGUACUCGUGACUAAUCUCUCACAACAACUAAUGGAACUGAAAGAUCAGAUGGCGGAACAGCGCAAGCAGAAACAAAGAAUUGGAUUGCUUAAUUCGGCAUCGGCAUAUUUGCAAACGCCAAAUCUACUAUGAGGAAUGAAUUGUUGAUAAUUUUUCCUAGUCUUGAGCGUGAAACUCAAUUGUGAAAUUGACAUAAUACGAAUGCAUUUCACUUAGAUAGUUUAAUAGCUCAGUAAUGCUCAAAUUCUUAUUAUAGUGCAAUCUUUGAUGAAAUGGCAUAACCUGUUACUAAAUUUUCUAGAUGCAAGAUUGUUUCAAUUUUACAUGUUCUGUGUUGUGGUUAUAGGGUUGUAUUAAGUACUGUUUCUUUCAAGAAUGUUUAUUGUUGUUGUACUUUUAGACAUGUGUACAAAUUUUAUCGAAAUAUAGUUCUAUAAUAACUA